AUGCAGAGAGGGAAGCCCUGCAGGGCACCGCUUACCCUGAAGUAAACCUUCUGCCAGAAGCACGGCUUGAUGUUCGAGGUCGUUGAUCUGAGGUGGGGUUUGCAGAACGCUGAGGCCACCAACUACCUGACCACGGAACUCUGCUUGGAGGAGGUUGACCGGUGUCGGAAAACAUCCAUAGGACCUGCUUUUGUUGCCCUCCUGGGGGACCUGUACGGCCCCCGUCCGCUCCCCGCGCUGAUCGAGGAGAAGGAGUGGGAGGCACUGAGGGCGCAGCUGACUGCCAGGCCGAAGGACCUGGAACUGGUGGCGCGACACUUCCGGAGGGACGAGAACACCAUCCCCCCCACCUACGUCCUGCAGGCGCUGGGUGCCAGGGAGGCCCGCGGGCCCGAGGAGGCCACCCUGACCUCUGUCCUACACUCCGGAGCCCAGGGGGCCCGGAGGCUCGGCCUCAUCUCGCAGGAGCAGUGGCACCGCUACCACCGGUCAGUCAUCGAAUGGGAGAUAGAGCAGGGCUUGCUGAGCUCAGAGAACAGGGACCAGGGAGCCACCGUCUUCCUUCGAGAAAUCCAAGACCUCAGCAAACACAUCCUGGAAGACUGUGCCCUCAAGACGGUGGACCGGCUCGCGGAUGGCUGCCUGGACGCCGACGCCCAGAACCUGCUCCGCAGCCUCAAGGGGCGCAUUGCCGACAUGCUGCCUGGAGUCCUCAAGGUCCACCGCCUCCCGUGGAGCCGCGACCUGGUGAACCCCAAGAACAAGGCUCACGCUCGCUACCUGAAGGAGCUGAGUGAGCAGUUUGUGGCCAGGGCCAACCACCAGGUCCUCGAACACCUGCGUGAGCUGGAGGUGGCCAGGCAGGAGUUGGGGUGGCUCUACCAGGAGAUCCGCCACCACCUUUGGCAGAGUGCGGAGGCCACUCAGACCUUCUGCGGACGCCAGGAGCUCCUGGCCCAGCUUGGGCAGCGGCUCAGGCAGAACGACAGCCAGCCCCACACCCCACUGGUGCUCUCAGGUCCUCCGGGCAUUGGAAAGACAGCCUUGCUGUGCAAGCUGGCCGAGCAGAUGCCAGGGCUGCUCGGCCACAAGACGGUGACGGUCCUGCGGCUGCUGGGGACAUCACAGAUGAGCUCAGACACCCGCAGCCUUCUUAAGGGCAUCUGCCUCCAGGUGUGCUUGGCCUACGGGCUGCCCCUGCCCCCCGCCCAAGUCCUGGAUGCACACACUAGGGUGCUCCAGUUUUUCCACAUCCUCCUCCACACGGUCUCCUGCAGAAACUUUGAGUCCCUGGUGCUCCUCCUGGAUUCUAUGGACGACCUGGACUUGGCCCACCGCACUAGGAGGGUCCCCUGGCUGCCUCUCACGUGCCCCCCGAGGGUGCACCUCAUUCUUUCGGCUUGCUCGGGGGAGCGGGGGGUUUUGAACACCAUGCGGCAGAUGCUCACAGACCCCGGGGCUUACUGGGAGGUGAAGCCCCUCUCGGGAAACUUAGGGCAAGAGAUGAUCCAGCUCCUGUUGGCGGCUGCGAGAAGGAUGCUGACCCCUGUGCAGAGGAACCUGCUCUGGGCCAGCCUCCCGGAGUGCGGGCACCCGGGGCGGCUGAGGCUGGCCUUCGAGGAGGCCCGGAAAUGGGCCUCUUUUUCCGUGCCAGCCCCUUUAGCCACCACGGCCGAGGAAGCGACACACCAGCUCUGCACCCGCCUGGAGCAGACACACGGGCAGCUCCUCGUGGGCCACGUGCUGGGCUACAUCGUGUCUUCUCGGUUCGGGCUCUCAGAGGCGGAGCUGAAGGAUGUCUUGUCCUUGGACGACGAGGUCCUACAGGCCGUGUACCGGGACUGGACCCCGCCCAGCAAGGAGCUGCUGCGGUUCCCACCCCUGCUGUGGGUGCGGCUCCGUCGGGAUCUAGGCUACUGCUUGGCCCGGCGGCCCGUGCACGGCUUCACGCUCCUGGCCAUCAGCCACAGACAGCUGGUCGAGGUGGUCCUCCAGCGCUACCUGUCGGGGCCCGAGAGAGCCAAGAGGCACAGCGUCUUGGCUGACUUUUUCUCAGGCGCCUGGGGCCAAGGCACCAAGAAACUCAUCACCUUGCCGCUCGUGGGGACGCCCCUGAACUUGGACCGCAAGGUGGCCCCGCAGCCCCUGUGGUUCUCCGACACGGUUGCAAACGUGCGGAAGCUGGAGGAGUUGCCCUAUCACCUGCUCCACUCGGGCCGCUGGGAGGAGCUGAAGCAGGAGGUGCUGGGCAGCAUGAGCUGGAUUUCUUGCCGGGGCCUCUCCGGGGGCAUUGAGGACCUGCUGGAUGAUUUCGACCUGUGUGCCCCUUACCUGGACUGUCCUGAGGUCAGCCUGGUCCGUGAAGCCCUCCAGCUCUGCCGGCUGGCCGUGGAGCUCCGAGGCAUGGAGCGGAGCCUGCUGUACACGGAACUCCUGGCCAGACUCUAUUUCUUCGCCCCCUCGCAUGAAGCGCUGGUGGGGCCGCUGUGCCAGCAGGCCCAGAGCUGGUUCCGGGUGUGCCCACACCCUGUGCUGGUGCCCCUUGGAGGAUUCCUCCAGCCCCCGGGAGGACCCCUCCGGGCGACCCUGACUGGAUGUCACAAAGGCAUCACUGCCAUGGCGUGGGGUGUGGAGGAGAUGCUGCUGGUGAUUGGCACCCAGGAUGGCAUCGUGGCUGUGUGGGACAUGGAAGAGGAGCAGGUGAUCCACAUUCUAACUGGACACACAGGAGAGGUGAGAUGUGUGAAAGUGUUUGCCAAGGGGACUCUCGCCAUCUCUGCUUCGAAGGACCGCACGCUGCGCUUGUGGAAUUUACUCUCCGGUCAGGAGAAAUUCACCAUUUGGGAUGGAGGCUCGAAAACUCCCAAUGAACCUCAGAUCUGGAGCCUUCACGUGGAAGAAGCAAACAAGGUUGUAUAUUCAGCAUCUGGCUUAAAGAUCAAUGCUUGGAACCUGGAAACUGCGGAGCUGGUUUUCCGUAUCCUGGGAGACGCCUCUGACCCCUGGAUGUGCACGGCCGUGCUGGCCUCCCAGGCCAGGCUGAUGGCAGUGUCCAAGGCUGGCGUGGUCAGUGUGUGGAGCUCCGCCACGGGAAAACUGCGGCGGAAGCAACGUUUGUCCAGCGUCAAAGAAGAAAUCCCUACCUGUGUGGUCUCAGGGCAGAAACAAGGAAAGCUGGUCACUGGGUUUAGCAGCGGCUCCGUCUCUUUGGUUUCCUCCGAAGGAGACAGGUUGCUGGAGAAGCUUCCAGAUGCUGUGGGGUUCCUGGUGGUCUCUGCAGAUGAGUCCCUUCUCGCGGCAGGGUUUGGAAGAUCCGUGCGCAUAUUCUUGGCCGACUCGCAGGGCUUUCACCGGUUCAUGGCCACCGAUCUGCAACACGAGGACACGGUCCAGACAGCCGUUUUUGGUCCGAAGAACAACCUGAUCGUCACUGGGUCCCUCGAUGGACUCAUUCAGGUGUGGAGUCUGUCGGAACAGGGGACCCUGCUGCACAUCCUCGAAGGCGUCGGGGCCCCUGUGAGCCUGCUGGCCCGGGGUGGGGCUUUGGUGGCAUCUGCUUCCUGGCAGUCCUCAUCUUUCAAAGUCUGGGAUCUCGCCAAUGCUCAGAAACCCCAAGAAUCUACCCCCUUUCUGGACCGCACUGGCCUCACUGCAGUGUCCCACAAUGGAAGCUACGUCUACUUCCCCAAAAUUGGGGACAAAAACAAAGUCACCAUUUGGGACUUGACAGAAGGUGAGGAACAAGAUGUCCUGGACACUUCCAGUGAGGUCAGGUGUCUGGAGGUUGCUGAGCAGUUCAAGCUCCUUUUUACUGGCCUUGUUUCGGGGACCGUCCUGGUGUUCCCCCUGAAUUCCAGGCAGGAUGUGAUGUGCAUCCCCCCUCCUGAGGCCCGGAAAGCCAUCAACUGCAUGUCCUUGAGCAAGGGUGAGGACCGUUUGGCCAUUGCCUAUGACAACAUCGUCCUGGUCCUGGACAUCAGCCCUGGGGACCCCUGUCCGGUCAUCGAUGGGCCAACAUACACCUUUUACACCCAGCUGCCCGAGACCAUAUCCAGCGUGGCCGUGCUGAGUGACUACCGCGUGGUCUACGGCAUGACUAAUGGCGACCUCUUCCUCUACGAGUGCACAAAUUCCAAAGUGUUCCCCUUGGAGGCGCACAGGAGCCGAGUCACCUGCGUGGAGGUCGGCCACAAGGAGCAGCUGGCGGUCAGUGGGUCCGAGGAAGACUUGCUGUGUCUCUGGAACCUGCAGGCGUGCCAGUGGAAAUUCGAGAUGAGCUACACGAGCUCUUACUGCAGAGGGGUCCAAUGCGCUUGCUUCUCCAAGGAUGACAAGUACAUCUUUGCAGGCUUAAAGGAUCGCUCCAUAAUUGUCUGGAGCGUGUCGGAUGGCACCCUGCUGGCUGUCCAGUUUGUCCAUGCUGUGGUGAACAGAAUCAUCCCAACCUCCAAUGGCUUCAUUGCCCCCACCAGACACGGUUAUCUCAUCCGAGAGCGUUUCCAGUGCCCUUCAUCAAGAGCCUCGCAGCAAGACGCUCUCAAAAACUUCAAGAAGGCAGUGUGGAUGGUCAAAUCCAGGCAGACAGAAGAGCUGGCUGCAGCUGCAGGAGCACCCCAGGACCUGGGAUCAGAAAGUACCCAGGGAAAUGAAUUCAAAUCAAACAAACGCUCACAAGUCUGCCUGAUUGUGUAGAAACCCCCUGUGGGGGCAUGGGUCUCCAAUGAGUUAGUCUCAUUUAAUCUGGUUGAAGUGAAGAGAAUGUAUUUGCUGGUGUAUAGCUGGACCCAAGGCCUCAGAUUAUUUGACCCAGAUAUCAUCUCUUCCCAUCUUUCUAUUCUUCUUUCCUCAUUGUUGGUUUUAGUCUCAGAUCUUCCACCCCCAGGUUAGCAACAUGGUGGCCAACAUGCUGCUUUCUCCAAGUUUAACAGAAAAGAGGGCUUCCCUUUCCCACAGUUUGAACCAAAGGCCUGGCCUCACCUCUAUUGGCCUCAGUUGAUUCAUACUCUGAACCAGUGAUUAUCUCUGGGAGAAUGUAGCACUCUGAUUGGCUGGAUGGACCCAAUGUCCACCACUGGGGCUGAGGUUGGAGAUGACACCAGCCAAUCAUGUAGUCUGAGAAUGGAAGAGAAUAUUUCUGGGAGGCAAACUGGAGCGCUGGUCCCAGGUAAAAGGGGGAUGGAUGAGUGUGAGACAGACCAAACCACUUAUGCGGAUCAGUCUAUAACGCACCUGGUGCUGUCAUCUGAUCAUCACAGCCCAUACUUUAGGGAGGGCAGGAGUUUCUGCAUCCAUUUUACAGAUGGUGAAACAAAGCCUUGCAGAGGUAGCUGAGAUUUGCUCCAGGUCACAGGCCCAAGGUGCAAGAGCUCUAAGGACCAGGAGCCUUUUGCCCGAAUCCUUGUUGGACCAACUUAUUCUAAUUUUAGUCUUGGAAGCACGACCAUCUAUUCCACAGGUGGCACCCUCAAAUGCUCCCAGAGGCUAGUGAGUCAUCCAGAUGACUUCCAUGCACCUAGGUGAGCAGCAGGAAGGGAUGGAGGCUCUGGACACAUGGAGGGCACAGGUUGUGUCUAGGGUGGGCACAGGCACCCUGACAGUAGCCCAGAAUCAACAUGACAAAACAGCCCAUUGUCAGAUCUUCCUGUUGUCAUAAGCAAAGCCAGAAAUGCAGACUUUUAUGCAAAAACAUUCCCAUGUUUUAAAGUGGGCAAUUGGCUCAAAUUUAUAUGUACAGGUGUAUGUGGCCUGUGUUCCUUUGGUUCAGGAGCUGACUUCAUGAUUCAAGCUGGCAUUAAAACAAUAACCAGGUUAUAGUUCUCCUAUCCCUCUUCCCUGACUUCCAAACUUUCAGGACAAAGAUGCUUUUUUAAUCUUAAAAACUGGAGGCUCUUGGAAGUUGACAGAAAGAGCUGCUGACAUAUCUCUGCUUCGCUUUUGGACCAUCUGCCUUGUGCAAGUUCAACAGUCGAACUGUUUUCAUUCCAUAUAUAUGGAUCUUUUUUCUUUGCCCACUGCUUUCUAAAAUUCCCACUUGCUUCCAGGGCUUUUGCUAUAAUGAUAGGAGAGUCCAAAUCUUAAAGGUGCUGCUCCUUCUCCUCUUUGUUGAACUCCAGACAGAGUUUCAGGAAAAGCAACCUUAGAAACAGAAGCUUUUGAGCUCAAUGAGACCCUGUUGUCUAGCUCAUUCAUUUGCCUCCCAAACCAGUGUUCCAAGGUGGGCUUUGGGAGUUCUGCAAACAUUAGCAUUAAAUUCCAUUAAAAAAUAUUUUAAACUGUAAUUUUAUGUGCAUGCUCAGAUACAUUGCAAAGCUGGUUUUAAGGUGUUGGAGAUGACUAAUUUAGGAUUUUCCCACCAUCUCCGUUUAAGAGGCCACUUAGGUUACGAAGAGAGGCCUAGAAUAAAAUACCUACUUGGCUGAGCGCAGUGGCUCACACCUAUAAUCCUAGCACACUGGGAGGCUGAUGGGGGAGGAUUGCUUGAGAUCAGGAGU